UUUCCAGUUAUAUAUUUCACCGAUGGGAUGGCAACCCUCGCUAAUCAGCUAUAUCAUACCGCCAUGAUGAUAAUGUUAGCAAAUAAGCCAAGGACAGUGCAGCUUGAGCAACGACGGACACCAUCUUUAUCGCAGCUAUGGCAUGCUCAAAGAAUAUGCAGUAUUGCCAUUAAUAAUAAUCGAUGUGAAUGCUGGGACCCAUGCCUCUUGGCUUCUUUUUAUGUAGCUGCGCGACAAAUGACCCACGAGUCUCAGCAAAGAGCAGUACUGCAUGGAUUUGAGCACAUUGGUACCCUCGGCUGGCUUGUUAAUAGCUUCGUUGAUCAGCUAAAGCAAGAGUGGAACGCUUCAGAG